UUACUGAUUCACUUCGAUUCACGACGAUGCAUACCGCCAGUCGGUUCGAAUAAUCGCCUCGUGGCAGGUGAAGACGAAAAUCGGCGAGGCCGAGCCUGCCAGCUAUCCAAUCACCUAGUCAACUAGUCGCCGUAUGAGGUACGGACGAACCACGAAACCGCACCUCAAUUUUCCACAAGAAAUUUUGUUACCUAUUGCGGUGCGAUACGGUAUACAAAAUUUCGCGUAGCUAUCCGUGUAACGUGUUACUUUUCUGUUUUCUUUUAUCACUUAGUCGUUGAUUGGUCUCGAUUUGUUUCGAUUGUUUUUUUAUUUCGUUCAGUGCACUACAUAACUACAAGGGUGAGAAAUGUCUUCUUUGAAGGGUGAUAAAAUUCCAUGUGCCCGACUUUGCCAUAUCGUCAAGUGGGAUGAUUUUGACGGAUAUGGAUUUAACCUACACGCAGAAAAAGGAAAAAAUGGUCAAUUUAUUGGUAAGGUGGACGACGGUUCUCCUAGUCAGGCCGCUGGUUUACGACAAGGUGAUCGAAUCAUCGAGGUUAAUGAAAUCAACAUCGCAAACGAGACUCAUAAGCAGGUUGUUGAACGCAUAAAGGCUUUUCCUAAUGAGACGAAGCUUCUGGUGGUCGACCAAGAAGCCGACGAAUAUUUCAGGGCCAACAACAUCGUUAUCAAGGGCACUAUGGCGAACGUCAAGGUGAUCAAGACCCCAGAGAAGAAUCCGAAUAGUAGCGAACAAGAAGAGCUUAACGGCAGCAAUGCCUCAACUGAUGAGAACGCACAAAAAUCAAGCGGGUCGAACGAUACGUUGCACAGCGAGAGCAGCACGGUGUCGGCAAGCGCAACGAGAACGUCGACCAGAAGCGAGAACGAUAACGAAAACGAGAGCGAACGCGAAGAAACUGGCCAAGAGAACGGGAACAGUAUUAAGAACGAUACGACGACGAUGGCGCACGUGCAUGGCACAGGGAACGGGAACGUUACCGGUAACAACGAGUCACGACAGGGUUUGAACCUGAAGAUGAGUGCCAAAGAACUUAGAGCCCAGCUAGCACUUCGCAAGAAAUACGAUCCGAAGAAAGAAUCAAUCGGUUUCAAGGACAAAUUUGACAUCGUGCAAAAAUUAUAACGGCAAUUUCGUCUGCCUCUUUUGAUAAUUUGUCGACUAUGCGCGGUGCUCCUUUUUAUCUCGCUAUUAAUAGAUAGAAUCCUUAACGUCGAUUUAUUCGGACGUACGUAACAUUCGGACGUUCAUACGCGCUCAACUGAACGCAUGUACUGGCAUGCGCACAGUAUUUUCAGAUUUCAAACGAUUUUCGAAACUUCUAACGUAGAUUCAUAUACGCACAUAUGUCCGUAGUUUCUUUAAAAUUGAUUAAUAUGUCGAAUAUGAAUGUUUAAUAAAUAUUGAGAGAACAAUGCACAAAGAUAGUACGAAUUAUUUCAAAGUGCGAACGUUGAAAGAUAUUCCAGUCGAUUGAAAAAAGUUUCUUGUUCUAGUAGACUAUACAGUAAUCUUGUUUACUAUAGCGAAAAUUAUGCGCAUCAAGGACGAUCGCGACGAUGCGAGAGAAAGUGUAGGACGUUGCGCGACGCGCGUCGCGUGACGUGUGCGUCAUCGAUAAUUUCUAUUAUUUCUUUUUUAAAUUUAAUAUAUCGCUCGUUCUUUUAUUGUGCAUUGAAAGAAUUUAUAUCUUUCGAAGCUAAGAUAUCUGGAAAUUAUUGCGACAUAGAAAAGAAAGUUAUGAUAAAAUCGAUCGAUAUUUGAUGCAGUAAAGAUUCUGCCAACAUUCGUACGGAUUAUGUAAUUUAAGGAAUGUAUCAGCGUGUAAAAAUACGACGAAACAAUAGUGAGAAGAUUUGGGCGAAUUUCCUCGUCCCAUUAGAGGUUGCACAUAGCGUGUGCGACGAACCGAAAGUCGCAGGAUUUGCAGGAAACUAUUCUCUAACAUUGCUAAAUAUUACGACAACUUGUUGUGUAACUUUCAAUUAUCGUCGUCGUGAUCCUUUUGCGUCGUGUUUCGUAUUUUACGUGAAUACUUAGAAACUAGAUGUUUUAUUUUUUUUUCGCACGAUAUGUACCGGUAUACAUUUCAUUUUGCGAUAAUUUCUUUAGUCAUGAUAAAUAUCGAUAAAUUUUUUAUCAUGUAUUCUGAUUAAAUAUUACAACGAAAGAGAAUAAUUUAUUAUUGAUUUUCUUUCUAUUUUUUUUUUUUUUUUGAGAGACUUUGUGCAAAUUUGAGAUCUAGUUAAUUUUGUCUAAAUAUACUUUUAGUCGAGUAAUGAAUAUCAAAAUAAUGCAUUUAAUAUUCAAUUGAUAAAUUAAUUAAUCAUCAUGUUUCGGAUCUAAUAUGAAUAUUGAUAACAAAAUUCUCAAAGAAUAUUAUUUUAAAGUAUAAUUUUUUAGAAUAACAAUAUAUUGUAUUAUGCGUCUACCAUCAUGUGAAAUAGAUAAAAUCAGACGCUUUUGUAAUUAUAUGUUUUCUUAUUCAAAGCACGACAAACAUAAUUGUUCUUUUAUCCAUAAUUUUGUUGAAGUUCUUAUCAUUUUGAAACAAAUUUUAUAAUGUGCAAAAAAAUAUAUUUUUUUCAUGACGUAAAUCGAAAAUAGAUAAAUAGAAAAUUAUUUAGUUGUCAUAACAAUGAAUAAAUUUUCAAUUACGUAAAUUGCAAAUAUAAUAAAAUAAUUUUGUUAUAGAAAGAAAUUAAAAAAUCUGUAAGAAAAUUACAAUUAGAAAACUAAUUUUUGUGUAAAAUUUUAUUUAUUUAUCAUUUUUAUUGUAUUUAAAUUCAAAUUCAAAUUUCUUGGUGUGCUUUUGCCUUUUACUAAUAAUCAAUGUGAAAUGAAUUCAAAUUUUAAUUUGAUUUUGAAUUGCGAAUGUUAACGCUGCAUAUUACAGCGACUAAUUGAUCGAUCGUAUUCUUGAUUAAAAACGUCGAAUCAUUUAAAAUUAUCGGUUAAUAUUUUGUAUCGAAUAUGUAUUGUAUAAAUUUUUACAUAUUUUUCGUUUUAUCGCAAUAUUUUUGCGAAAUUCGAUGUAUACGCAUGUUCAUUUUUGUAAAUAUUAGAUUUCUGAAUAUCAAGAUCGGUGCAAUCUAUUAUUGCUAUUAUCUUAUUUUAUAUAAUAAUUUCUGUGGCGGCCGCUUUAUGUAUAACGCGUUCAAAAGUUUUAUUCGAAUUUAAAAAUAAAAUUAAUGUAUCGGUAUCCAAUUUGAAAUCAUAAGCUAAAUUUCAUUUUGAGCAAUCAAAAAUAUUUUAUUUACUUUUUUUUGAUAAUUAUUCAAUCAAGAAUAGAUUCCAAAAAUAUAAAUUUUAAAUUUAAAAGAUCAUUGGAAAUGAAAUUGAUAUCAAUUAAAGUUUAAGCUGAAUACGGAAAAAUAUAUUUACAAAAUAUGCCACAGUGUCAAAUUUGAAUCGAUGAUUCUUUAUAUUUAAAACUUGUAUUUUUGAAUUUUUACUCAUAUAAAAAAAUAUAUUACAAAUUUGUAAUCACUGAAAACAAAGUAAUAUUUUAUAAUCAAUAUAUUAUAUUUUAUAACACUUUUUGAAGUAUUAAUUCUUCAUACGAAUUAUUGCACCGAUUUCUUGAAAUGUAUAUAAAUGCUCUAAUUAAGAAUUAAAUACAUAUAUUGUUACAAAUUGCACAUGUUUAAUGUAUUUUGUAAGCAUAACUUUAAGAAUUAGCUUUGAUGACAAUACUUGAUUGUACGUUAUUCAUCAAAUUAUGUUUAUUUACAUACAUCUCUGUAUAAAUAGUAUUGUACGUAUGUAUAUUA